CGGACGGAGCUUGAGAUGGAGGACGGCUCUCAGCUCUCACCCCAGCGCCUCCGCCAGUACCAGGAGCUCCUGAAGCGGGCCAAGGAGGAGGCCCGGUCCGGGGCGCUGAGGCACGCCGUACAGAUCCUACGCGAGGCCCAGGCUGUGUGGCCUAGCAGCAGCAAGGUGUCCCGGAGGAUCGAGAGGCUGGAGAAGGUGCUGCAGGAAAUCGAGGCUCAGGGUGAGGAGGAGGAAGGUCAGGAUGAGGAGGAAGAGUUCACCGCCCUGCCCGACUCCGGCCUCCUGCUCUACCGGCCCCUCUACCUCCGCCUGUACCCGCACCAGCGCCAGGGGGUGGCCUUCCUGCACCGCCUGCACCGGGACGGUCUGCCCGGCGGCAUCCUGGCCGACGACAUGGGCCUCGGCAAGACCGUGCAGCUGAUCGCCUUCCUCUCCGGCAUGUUCGACGCCGAGCUGGUCCGCUGCUGCCUCCUGGUACUGCCCAGUGGUCUCCUCCGUAACUGGGCCGCAGAGUUCAGCCGCUGGACGCCGGGCCUGAGGGUCAGAGAGUUCCACGGUACGAAAGCUGAGAGGACCAGAAAUCUGGAGCGAGUGCAGCGGAGGGCAGGCGUGGUCAUCACCACCUACCAAAUGGUGAUUAACAACUGGCAGCAGCUCUCCAGUCUGGUUGGUGGUGAGUUCACCUGGGACUACCUGGUACUCGAUGAGGCCCACAAGAUCAAGAGCAAGUCCACCAAGACCUUCAAGUGUGUCAGUGCCAUCCCGGCCAAGCACCGUAUCCUGCUGACUGGAACACCAGUGCAGAACAACUUGCAGGAGAUGUGGUCCCUCUUUGACUUCGCCUGCCAGGGCUCUCUGCUGGGCACUGCCAAGACCUUCAAGAUGCAGUACGAGAACCCCAUCACAAGGGCCAGGGAGAAGGAUGCCACUCCGGCUGAGAAGGCUCUUGGAUUGCGCAUCUCUGAGAAUCUCAUGAGGAUCAUUGAGCCCUACUUCCUGCGGCGGACCAAGGAGAACGUGCAGCUGACACGCGAGUCUUCACAGAGCAAACUGCCCAGCUCUCACUGCGAGGCCCAGAUGCCAAUUCUGACCAGGAAGAACGAUCUGAUUGUCUGGGUCUACCUGAGCUGCAUCCAGGAGGAGAUCUACCAGAAGUUCGUCUCAUCGGACCACAUCCAAGAGCUGCUGCAAACCCGGCGUUCGCCUCUGGUGCAGCUGACCAACCUGAAGAAACUGUGUGACCACCCGAGGCUGCUGUCCCGCCGUAUCUGUGAGGAGCUGGGCCUCGGUGGCUGUGAAGGGGAGGCCGUGGACAAUAAUGCCUUGAGUGACAUUAGCUGUGUGCCCGACGAGGAUCUGAUCAGUGAGUCGGGGAAGCUGGUUUUUCUGCUGGGCCUGCUGGAGAAGCUGAGGGAAGAGGGUAAACGCACUCUGGUCUUCUCGCAGUCGAGGAAGAUGUUGGACAUUAUCCAGCGCAUCCUCACCAACCGCAGCUUCCCCUGCAUGAGGCUGGAUGGUACCAUGGCACUGCCAGACCGGCAGAAAAAGAUCAAGGCGUUCCAGCAGCGAGAGGACCACUGCGUCUUCCUCCUCACCACCCAGGUUGGCGGUGUUGGCCUCACCCUCACUGCAGCAAACCGUGUGGUGGUCUUUGACCCCAGCUGGAAUCCUGCCACAGAUGCCCAGGCAGUGGACAGAGCUUACAGAAUCGGUCAAACUGACAAUGUUGUGAUCUACAGGCUGGUGACCUGUGGAACUGUGGAGGAGAAGAUAUACCGGCGGCAAAUUUUCAAAGACUCACUGGUUCGCCAGUCAGUUGGGGAGAAAAAGAAUCCCUUUCGUUACUUCAGCAGCCAGGAGCUGAGGGAGCUGUUCAUCCUGGAGGACCCUCGGGCAUCGAGCACACAGAGGCAGUUACAGUCCAUGCAUGCCAGUCAGAGACGGACAGACAGCAUCCUGGACCAGCACCUCACUUUCCUACACACCCUGGAGAUGUUCGGAGUGACAGACCACGACCUCAUCUUCUCCCAGGACACCGCUCCCGAUGAGGAGAACGAUCCCGAGUCCAGGAAUUACAUCCAGCAGCGAGUGCAGAAGGCCCAGGAACUGGUGGCAGCCGAGUCCCAACUCCAGCAGCAACUGGUUGAAAAUAUUCGUGCCAAUACCGAAGCUGCCUGGCUGAACAGACCACGAGACACUCAUCCUCUUCCAGGCAGUCGAGAAGGCUGUACAAGACCAAAGCCAGUCUCCACCAUCAGCACAUUGCCAGCAUUGAAUGAAAACACCAUCGCCCCUCGGUCUCCAGCAGUCACAGUGGAUUUAACGGAGCCAGUCGACAAUGAGAUGGCCAAUGAGGUGCUCAACCUGAGCAGCAGGUUAGCUGACAUGCCGAUUGAGACAAGCAAACAAAGUCACAGUGUGGUGAUGUUAGACAGCUCUCUGUCACAUGCUGACAGCAAUACUGCCGAGGAGGAACAAUUUCCCACUGAGUGUCAAGGUGACACGUCCAAGACAGAGCUGUCCACUACCGUGGCUAACUCCCCUGACUCCAGGGCCUUGUUUGAAUCUAAAUCUGAUUUCAACCUGAUCUUGGAGGAGACCAUGGAGGAGGACGAGGAGGUGAAGCCGGAUUGUGAGGAGCAGGGACCUGAAGCUGAACCUUUGCCUGUGACUGAACCCAAGUCAGGUGGAGAUAUGGAGGCAGCACGGUCCGCUGAGCAACAAGGGGAGCACCCGGCGUCCCCGGGAGGAACCAGUCUCGGAGACGACUCCUGCAUUCUCCAGCCCUGGAAGAAACCUCACGGCCAAGUGAUCAUCAGUGACAGUGAGGAGGAAACCAAUGGUGACCUCCAUUCACAUAGUGCCUUGGAGCGACCUCCUGCUCUGUCUUCAACUAGCCCAGAACUCCAGGCUUUCUGUGUGACUGCUGCUUCAACCCCGAAAGGGUCUUACUCUCCCCUUCCGACUCUCCUGGACAGGAGCAGCAAUCGCUCAGUAGCUUCCAGGCGGUCUGCCAUUGGCUUGGCUAUUGAUGACGUGGAUGACCUGGACGAGGAAAUUCCUGACCAUAUGGCUGCUGCUGAUGGUGAUGACAACGAGGAGGAGGAGGAAGAGCAAGCAAACAGCCACAGCGACGUUGAAGGGGAAGGAGAGACUGACCGGACUGCAGACCCCAGUGAAUAUCAGCCGGGCAAUCACUCCAUGGAGGAAGCAUCCUCUGAGAGGCAGAGCCCAGAGCUAGGAGCAGCCAGCAGUGACGAAGGAGUCUCCGCGUCCUGCAGCAUGAUGACUGGGAGUGAGGAAGAGCAGUCCGGGACCUUUGAGCCAGAGCUUGGCUCCGACGAACAGGUGGAGACUUACACUAAGGUGGUUGAGCCAUCUGUACUCGAUACACGUGCACUGAGCAAGGAUUCUGAGCUGGAUCAAUACACGAUGCUGGUAAAACGUGGCAGAGAGCACAUAGAGAGGGGGGAGCUGAAGUCAGCUCUGAACUGUAUGCUUGAAGCCCUGGACCUCAGGAGUGGAGAUCCUGAGGUUCAGUUAAUAACCAUUAAACUGUACCGGCAGCUGGAUCAGAGCUGAUAGGGGCACGGUGAAGACAGGAAGGACAGUGUGUUCCCCUGUUGCUGCUCAGCAAACCCUUUAGCUCUUGACAGCUGUGAAUGCACAGAGCAGAUUUGUGGUAUUUUGAUAUGUGAUAUCAUUGCAGACUGUGGUGUGAUAAACCAAUUUUUGUCAACUGAGAAACUAGCAAUGUUCAAAUCUGCAGCACUUCUUUAAAGCAGAAUCUCAAAAGUCCCUUGAAAUAGUGUAAACCUAUUUUCUCGCCUUCUGUGUUUCCUAUUGUUAUCCUUUCCCUGCUGCCUCAUUCCUAACCCUGUAAAGUGGGAUAUUAGCCCCCAUAAAGCUGCUAUGUCAGGCCUUUAACUACCCCCACCCCACCAAUCCCCAGUACACCUGGCUGGAUGAGCUGCAAUUAUGGUUUGCUUCCAAUGACAGGUUGGAGUAAGGAUUGUGCUACUGAGUUUGGAGACAGUGGGAGGAGAGGACACUCCCUCCUGGCUAGAGCUGUCCAGAGAUCGUGUUGCCAGGGAGACCGCUGUCUAGUUAGUAUACCAGCUGAUUGAUCUGAGGUACAUUGAAUGCCACCCUCUGGUGUUCAAUCAUGUAGCAGUUUGUCUUUUAACAAUUUGACAUAUUCCCCUCAGAUUAAAAUAGACCCCAUUCUACUCUUGGGAGUCUGUGUGUAAAAUCCCAAUUCCAUGUCCCAGUCUCAGGGAUUGCACAAACCAAGAACUGAUUGGUUUUGCUUUGACUUUUUUGUGUAAAUGUUUAGAAUGUAAUAUUCACUGUCUCAACUUUAUUGAUUAAUAAAAUGUAUGCUGACUGAA